AUGGACCGAAAGGCGGCAGCCACGGACGAAGGAGCUGGAGGGGCGACCACGCGGCUCCCACAAGUGGCCGGCAGGUGGAGCUCUGGCGCCCACCGCUGGAGGCCAGCACCUAGCAGAGGCUGCGGGCCUGGGGGAUGCAUGCGCACAAAGCUUUGGGGCCUGGCGGCGUCUGGGGGGCGGGGCAGGGGGCUCAAUGGCCUGGGCGGGAUGGAACCACGGCCUCACGCCCAGGAUGCUGACCGGCCCCGGGAACCAAACAGUGGCUUGGCGGUGGGCGUGGCCGCAGCCGGCCUUGCCCCUGCCCCUGCGGGAGCCAGCCCGCCCAUGCAUCUCCUCAGGGGUGGCGUCUGUGACUGGACCCUGGUCAUUUUCUUCGCUGACACCUCCCAGGCCAUUCCUGGGAGGUCCCUGCUAUCACAAACCUCGUGUUCACCUUCUCAUCAGUUCCCGUGGGAACACGCUGCUGGCACCGGGGAAUUCAAACCCAGCGUUUCAAGAGGGUGUCCGCCCGCUACCCGGAAACCUCUCCCGGCCCCUUCUUACUCACACCGGGGGAAAGCCCUGAAGUCAUCAGCUGGUGCUCCAAUCACUGCCACAUGGCUGUCCACAUGGCUUUCCCCCCUUUCCCCGCCCGAGGCCCUGCAGUCAGAGCUGGAGCCCGUGAAUAAAGAAGCCAGCAGGUCCUACGCUUGGCUCAGGCUCAGGUUUUGUCAGAGGCGGCAGCGCCAUCUGGAACACCUCAGCGCCCUUAUCCGGGACAUCCCUGGCUUCUGGGCCAAGGCUAUCCUGAAUCACCCCAAGAUAUCAGCCGUGACGGGUGACCAGGACAGAGACGUGGUCAGCUACAUGACCAAUUUGGAGGUGGAGGAAUUGUCCCAUUCUAAGUACCACUGCAGGUUGAUGUUUUCCUUUGAGAACAACCCCUACUUCCAGAACAAAGUGAUCAUUAAGGAGUAUCACCUCAGCAUUGCCGGGUACGGGCCGUCUCAGUCCACUCCCAUCCAGUGGCACCAGGAUUAUGAACGGGAGUCCUACAGUCACAGGCACCACAACCCCAGUCUUAGCUUCUUCAACUGGUUCUCUGCCCACAGCUUUGCUGGUUCUAGCAGGAUAGCCGAGGUGGGGCCCUGUGACAAACAGCGAGAAGGACCCCGCUGGGCUCCCCGGCUGCUUGAGAUGGGCCUCUGA